AUGAGGCCGCCAUCUUGUACGGAGCGCUGGGGGACGCCAUGCUGUACGGCGGCGGCCGCCGUUAGAGCGCCACUCUGCUGUCGUCACGACGGCGAUUUGGCGCGGGGGCGCAGGCGCGCCAGGCGGCGGUUAGAUUUGAAUGGCGAAGCGGCGGCGGCGGCCCGGCUUUAUGGGAGCUGAGGGACCGGGGGGCAGCGGCGGAGGGGAGGCGGAGCGGGGAUACUGUAUUUUAUAGGAAAAGCACAUCCUUCAGAAAUGGACAAGAUUUAUGCAGACCCCAACAUGGAAAAUGAUAAUACAGAGCACAUCAGAGGGAAGCGACUGUCCUCUAUUUUAAAGGCUCCACGAAAUCCUCUUGAUGAUCUGGGAAAUGGGAAUGAAUUGACGCAGGAUAUCAAUAUAGAAAAACGUAGGAAAAACUCUCGCCGUGUCAGCUUUGCGAACACCAUAAACUGCAGAGUCUUCCAGCGAGAUCUUAAGAAUAACACGGCAGAAAGUACAGAGUGUACAGCAGAUACAAGGAAUGAUGUCCUGCUUAAUCAAAAUGAAGAACCUGAAGCUGUUCCCUGUGAGAUCACUGGGAUGAACACUUUGCUUCAUGCCCCUAUCCAGGCAUUGGUGCAGCAGACUGAGUGGCAUGAUGCAGACAACGCCAUUCAAAGAACAAAUAGGCAUGACACCACCCUCAUCUUUUCAGAUGAAAAUGAAAUGGAUAUGACAGCUAGUCACACUGCAGUGAUUACACGUAAUAUGAAAAACAAUCAAGCUGACAAAACUGAGAAAAUAGAUAUCACGUCGUUUCUGGCUGGGUUAAACUCUAACAAUGGAAAGGCAGAAAUGAGCAAAGAAUUUCAUUUUUUCUCUGACCCUACAAACCAUUCGUGCCCAUCUUUUGAACAGAAGGAAGAUGCUACUACUGUAAAAAAAAUAAAUUUCAAUGAAUUUUUGAUGAGCUUGAAGUCAAAUGAAAAGGCACUCAAUCCUAUUGAGGGACCUGAAAAAGAGAAUGUUUUUUUUGUUCCUUCACAAGUCUCAGAAGACAUGGCACGAUCGUCGGUGGAAUUUGUAUAUUCCCAUGAACCACUGGACGCCUGCAAUGUAACAAAAGUCUUUAGAGGGCAAGAUGAUGGAAUGGAAAUGACAAAAUGCCAGGCAUCUGAUGUUAAAGCUAUGUUUUCUGGUAUUUGUGAAGCUCCACCAGAGCAAUUACUGUGUGCGGAUGUUACUGAGGCAUUUGUAGAUGAUGGAAUGGAUAUGACAACUAGUCACACUGCAAAAAUGUCUUUUCCCUUCUCUAGCGUUGGGAAUCAAAGUCUAAACUUCAAAAAGGAUUUCCCAUCCACAGAGUUAGAUAAUUCUAUAUUAAAGAUAGCAUCUAAUCAGCACUUAAUUGUUCAGCACGACCCUCAACUUUGUACAGACAAAAAAAUAGUAAAUGUUGAAGACAGACAAGAUCCUACGGUGCUGCGAACUGUUAAACAAGAGGCCAGAACAAUGUCUGCCAUCCCGGGAUCCAUUUCUUCUGAGACUGUCUUCCGAGGUGAUAAAACUGUUGUUUUUUCUAAAUGUGAUGACAUGGAAAUUACUGGGAAUUAUACAGAUGUAAUCUAUAAUGACAGUAUGAAAGAAAUGAACAGUUCAUGUCAUAAAACUUUUGAAAAGCCAGUUAAUACAAACUCUUCACUAGUAGAAGACAGAUGUCCAGCACAUGGUGAUAGGGACAUUACGAUGAGUCUAACAUCUUUAGAUAAUCGAGCUUCUGUGUCAUAUAAAAAUAGUGCACUUGAACUAUCUUCGGGCUCAGAUGAACAACUCGAAAAAGUGACCCAAGGUCACGGGACUGCUUCAGUGAAUGUUGGUUUUGAUUCAUGUACAAAUUCAGCGUCUGCUGGUGUUUCUAAGAGUAGACUUCAGCACAGACUAGCAAACUCUCAACUUGUUUCUCUGCCAGGUGAGAAGACAGUAAUAUUCUCAGGAGAAGAUAUGGACUUGACUAAAACCUGUGUUGGCAAGGAUGAUGGAGAGAAUGUUGAAAAUGCAUCUCCUGCUGGAGUGUUCACCUCUGUCACCUGCAAACCUCAUUUUCUUGAUAACAGAUCUACAUCUCCCAAUUUAAAUGAACAGGAAGAAAUGGAAAUAACUAAAUGCCAUGCUGUUGUCAUUGAUGAUCAAAGCAAUGGGAUAACUGCAGAAGCAAAACAAAUGCAUUGUAAAAUAAUUCCAAGAAAGAACCAGAACAAAAAUGUCAGUGAAGGUGCAAAUUCUUUAGAUAUGGACAAGGAAAAUCUUGAGGGGAUCAGUAUCGAUGGGAACAUUAAAAGAAGCCAGGCUAUAGAAAUGAAUACUAAAGAUCUUGAGAUGGUAAUGGUUGAUAAGAAGCUUGGAAAAACAAGCUUUCAGGCAAGGGGUCCAAGUUCCUGUGCAAAGAGUAUGUGUUCAUUACAAGAGCAAAAGAGAGAAGUCCCUGAGAAUAUUGUCACCGACACCAGUGCAUUCGUGUCUUUGCAAAGUCAAAAAGUUGAUGUAUCUCAACCUUUGGGAAAAAACUUUCUAAAUGCUUCAGUUUCCUGCACAAAUGACAAAAUGGGCAUGUUUUCAGAUGAUGAAAACAUGGACAUAACCAAAACUCAUCCUGCUGCCUUUGAUGUUGCUCCUAUUAAUGCAGUACAAGAAUAUGAGAAUAAUCAUAAUCAAAAUAAUGUAAUAUCCAAGCAGCUGCAAAACCAGACCUUCCAGUUUCCUGGUAGUUCUGGUGUAGAUAUCACAAAUCAGACUGCAGCAAUAGAAUGUGGGGAUUUGAAAAUGAACCCAAAUAAGCAAACUGUUACUCCUUUGGCUCCAAAUGGUUCAUUUAUUUCCAAUAAUAAACCCGCUCCCUCUGGGAUGAAACGAAAUGAACAACUUGGAACAAUAUUAGGAAUAAAUGCAGAUUGCCACGACUCAGACGGGCAAGAGAAAACCCAUACCAUGAAGGUAGUAAACAAAGUAUUGCCAACUCGAGUAGAUUCUGAGAGAGAUUUUUCAAUUGGUAAGACAGGUUCUUCAGAAGAAGAUGUUAAAAAUCCUCACUCAGUUGACGGCCUGCACUUACGGGGUGCUGAAGAGCCCUUACUAGCCAACACGUCUGAACCACAUAAGGGAAGUUCCCAAUUGCCUUCGUUUUUAGAAAAGUCAGUUGUGUUUCCCUCUGGUGAAAACAUGGACUUGACUGGAAACUGUGCAGUAAUGGUUCCUGAUUACAACAUCAAUGCUGUUUUAUCAGAAAGAAAAGCAGUACCUGGAUACCUUGUUCAAGAUGAAAAUAAAAUAACGUCCUUAAACAAAGGGGUCACGAUGACAAUAAAUAGCCAAGAGCAGCCUGCGUGCGAUGUGUACUCCUUGGUAUCUGGCAAGAAAAUGUUAACCGUGAGUGGUUUAAAAUAUUUGCCUUUUGCAGAUGAGAAAACUACCAUAUUUUCAGAAGAUGCUGAUAUGGACAUCACCAGAAGUCAUACAGUUUCAGCAGACAACAAAAUAAUUUUGCAGCACAAAAGUUCAAAUGAUGACACAUCCUUAAUUUCUGGAGAUAAAACUUGUGUUUUUACCUACAAUGAUGACAUGGAAAUAAGUAGACUCGAUACUGUUGCAACUCAUAAAUCUAUGGAAAAGGCUGCAUUUCAAGGGAUGCUUAACACAGCUAAAAGGACUGGAAGGAAAAGCUUGAAGGGAACAACAGGGGAAAAGACUGUUUUAUUUUCACUGAGCGAUGAGAAUAAUGACAUGGAGAUCACAGAGAGCCAUACGGCUGCAAUAGGCCAUGAAAUUGUCUCGCAAAAUGAGGGAGGGCUUCAUUCUGUCUCUGCAGCUCACCCUGUUAAAACCGUUAUGUUCACAAGUAGCCAGGCUGACGUGGACAUUACCAAGUCUUGCUCUGCUGAUAAAAUUACCGUAAAAGUUGUACGUGAUGAUAAACCGAACUUGGAUAAGGAGGUUGGACAGCAAGCAUUUUCAAAUAGCGAAGCUACUAUGCUUGCUAUGGAUGAUAUGGAAAUCACUAAAUCCCAUAACAUAGCUUUGGAAGAAAAUUCUCUGCAGGGUAGGCAACCCAAUCAGUCUGUUCCUUUAACUUCCACGAUUAUGUUUACGAGUUACCAGGCUGACAUGGAACUGACCGAGUCUCACUCUGGUGAUGAAAGUAUUGGAAGUGUCUUUUGUGAGGAUAGAUUAAACCUGGCUAAGCAGGUUGGACAGGAGGCUGUUGCACAUAGCAAAACGGUCGUUUUUACUCUGGCUGAGGAUAUGGAGAUCACCAGAACUCAUACAGCUGUAUUAAGUGCUGAAAUUGAUGUACAGGACAGAGAGUCCAUUCCAGCCAUUUCUGCAGUUCCCGCUGAUAAAACCAUUGUGUCUACCCACAACCAAGAUGACAUGGAAAUAACUGCAUCCCAUACUACUGCUGUUAAUAACAAUAUUAAUGGAUUUCAGAACCAAAAAUUGUCACAUAAAAGCACUCAGCAACCAGACUUGUGUAGUGUGUCGUUGUCUUCUUGCAGAGAUGAAAGGGAUUCCCCGCAUACAGAAGACCUGAAUGGUGAAUAUCAUACAAAAUCUAAGGGUAAGCCCAACACUCCCUCUUCUGCUUCAUCAGCCUCAGCAUUUCCUAGUGACAGAGGAGCUCUCAAAGUCCCCAGUGGCACACCACCAGAUUCCGUUUAUUCUGUCUCGCUUCCAGAAGAGACUAUGGGUGUGCGGACACCACAGGAUCUUGACCUUCCCACGGAUAAUUCUGUCCCUGUAAGCAGUGAGCAGGAUCUCAUACCAGCAGAAAACCUGAAAUCAAAGAGAGUAUCUUUCAAGCUUCCAAGUGAUGGGCCCAUGGAUUGCAGUGAAGAAAGUGGCGAUUUGGUAUCCCACGUUUCACUUCCCAGCCAGCAAUCAGAUUCUUUGAAGGGUUCUCCAGAUGCACGUAGUACUCAGGGAAACCAAGUAUUGAAAGAUGAUUCAUCUAGACAAGAUUUAGCUAUAGAUUUAGGCUUGGCUGGAGCAAGCCUUGUUCCAGUUUCUAACAAGGAAUCAAAUGAAAAUGAGGGGCUGUCAGCUGAAGGGGAGACAUCUCCAAAAGACUUUCAAAUAAACUCUGAACAAACUAAGCAACUUUUGGUCAGUGAGAGCCCAAGAGAUCAAACAGAUCCCACCCUUGCACCUGAAUUAUCAGGUAUUUUAAAUGUGUGUUCAAAACUGAAAAAUAUUAGAAGGAAAUCUGCAGUUCUCUCCGUUUCUGAAACUGCUUUUUCUGACCAGUUGCCCAAAUCAUCAAUUCAGCCAGAAGAUAUCUUGAGGUUAGGAAAAAAUACUGUAAAUGAAACGAAUAAUUUAUUUUAUACCAAAGAGCAGGAGAACAUAUGUCUUGAAUCUGGAGCUGUUCCCAUAGAUGCAAAUUUAGGUAUGGCACUUAAGGAUAAAUAUCAAGGAAUGAAUGUCCCUCUAGGUAUCUUCCAGCCUAAAUUACCGAACAGAAGAAAUCCUUCUGUUUCGAGUGUACAAGACAUAAAUGCAAAAUCUUCAGACAAAGAAGCACUAGUUUCAGAAGGAAGCGUAAACGCUGGUGAAAGCCCAGGUAACAACAAGUCUAGUAGGCAGAACUUCAGCCCUUCUCAGUUUAUAGCAGAAGAAUUUCUUCCUGUCUGCCUAGAAGAAAUGGAUUCAAAUGAAUCUGUAAGCUCCGAACUCGUGGAAAAUGCUUGCAAUGAGAUAAGCAAAAAACAAAUCUCCCACAAUGAAAAGAAUCAAGUUGAAGAGACAAAAACUUGCAACACAAAAAGAGCUUUGGAACAAGAUGAGGAGGAUCUUCAAAGUCCAAAGAAGGUCAAGAGGGAUGAAAACUUGGAUGGUGAGGCCUCUCAAGACUUGCAGGUUACUUUUGGCGCUGUGUCUCAAAGCCAAGUAGAAGUUCAUGAAGGUGAAGAUCCUCCAAAUCUAUCGGCUAAAAGCCCUGACUGUACUCAUGCCAGCACCAGCAGCUCUCUGGAUUCUGUUAAGGCUGACACAGAAUUAACAAUUCAGCGAAGCAGUCAGAUGGAGUCUCAGCUUCUCACAGACAGCAUUUGUGAAGAUAACUUACGGGAGAAAUUUCAGAAUGGUGUUAUCACGGUUGGGGAGUUUUUUACACUUCUUCAAGUCCAUGUUCCGAUUCAGAAGCCCCGGCAUAGCCAUCUGCCAGCCAAUUGUGCAGUCAGUGCACCACCUACUCCGGAAGACCUCAUUUACAGUCAAUAUGUUUAUCGCCCCAAGCUGCGUAUUUAUGAAGAAGAUUGCCGGGCCCUUUCUCAGAUGAUAGAUGAGUUAAAACUGUAUGCAAAUGUCCAGGAUCAACUCCUGGUGAAUGUGAACAGGAGUUUGUGGGAAGUAAUGAGAACCUGCUCCGAUGAAGAGCUGAAGAGCUUUGGAGCAGAACUGAACAAAAUGAAAUCCUAUUUCACCAAGGAGAGUAAAAUCUUGGCUCACAAUGAGAAAGUGACAUUGUACAGCAAAUUGCUGCAGAGCGCGCAGGAACAACAUGGAAAGCUACAGUCAAGAAUAGAAAAGCUGGAUGAAUUGCUCAAGGAGGCAGAGAGCUGUCUUGUUGCUCUGGAAACAGAUUCUGACUGGGAAGAAUGGGAAGCAGACUGCAGCGAUGAAAUGGCAGAAGGGAGAAGCCUAGAGAAAGAAUUGGAAAGCCUCAAAGCCCAAGAAGAGGAACUUCAAAGAGAACUGUCAGAUCUGGAGACUCAGAAUGAGCAAACGCUGGCUGAGAUGAACCAGCUAAAGGAAAAAGAAAAAAGCUGCCAGGAACUCCUGGAGAGAUACAACUUCACUGAGUGGGAUAUUACUGAAUGGAGUGAACAGCAGGCAGUCUUUAAUUUUCUUUAUGAUUCUAUUGAACUCACGGUUGUGUUUGGACCCCCAAUAGAUGGUGACGCUUUCGGUGAAGAUCCUUCCAGAAAGAUAGUUAGCCUGAACUUUGAAUCUCUCCUGGAUGAGGAAAAAGCUCCACCCUCCUCAUGUUUAGUCCAAAGACUCAUCUUCCAGUUUAUUGAAAGUCAGGGAUGCUGGCAGGAAAAGUGUCCCACACUGUACUACUUGCCCCAGGUUCUUCAUGACAUCUCUUUGGUGGUCAGUCGUUGCAAGAUCUUAGGAGAGGAGAUUGAAUUUCUGGAGAGAUGGGGUGGAAAAUUUCAUCUUCUGAAGACAGAUAUCAGUGACACAAAAGUGAAGCUUUUGUUCUCCGCUUCCACAGCUUUUGCAAAGUUUGAGUUGACCCUGUCUCUAUCCGCCAACUACCCGUCUGCUUCACUGCCUUUUACUGUCCAAAACCAAAUUGGGAAUAUUGGGGAGGAGGAAAUUUCUGCUGUUCUCUCCAAUGUACCAAUUGGUUACCACUAUCUGCGGAGAAUAGUCAGCUUGAUUCAUCAAAACUUGCUCCAGGAUCCCAGAUGAUUCACUAGAUCCACGUGCAGGACUGAAGAAGUCAGACUGGAUAGUCUUUGAUUUUAGUCUUGUAAGAAUUCAAGCUGUCUCUCACCAGAAUGGGAGUGCUGUUAGCUACUCAGCUCUUUAGUAUUCUUUUCUAAUAAUUGGCUGAUAUCCAGGAUGCUUGGUGUAGGCCACAAGUUUUAUAAAAAGCAGAGGUCUCUAAAGAGGAGAAGGAAGAAUUUCUUAUGUCUUUUAUAAAUCCAGUCUGCCUUUUAUAUUCUUUCAGUCACCGGUGGCCUUGGCCUCCUUGUAUAGUCUUUCCUAGUAUGGAUAUUCUUCUGACAUAGCAUGUUAAUUUUGUUUUGGGUUGAUUUACAGAGCUCUUGUAUAAACCAAUUAUGAGUAUUUUCUAAAUUAACGUGACUGGAAUUUACUUUCACUAUCAUUACUUCACUCCUGCGUAGCAUUUUAACAUAUCACAUCACGUUUGAUUUUUAUCAGUUUCCUGGAACCCCUCCCAAAACACAGAAACUAUAGUCCCGCUUCUGAUUAACCAAAUAACCUGUAAUAAUUAACCAGGUGGCCAAAGUCAGAAAUACUUUUGUCAUGAAGACUAAAGAUCCCCGUGCUUGACCAUAGACUUUGUGGUGCAACAGACUCAAAGCCAUCAGGUUCCCUCUGUGUGAUCUUCUCCAACUAGAAGUUUGUUCUGAUAUUCAGUGUCUUUGUCCAGUACAAGCUGUCUCUUGGUUCCGGUACUUUGUCUGAGUUUGUAAUGCAUUAGAAUUUCAGUGAGGAGACUGAGCCAUUUAAAUUUAGAAGGUAUCUGUAAUAUCGUUGGUGUGGUCUGGAUUGCUUUUGUACAUAUUUUGUGUAUUAUGUAGGUUGAGCUGUUGGAACUGAUCUAACCCUGACUGAGUUUAUCGUGUAGAAGUGCCUACCAUUUCUCAGCUGUCCAUUCUUUAGGCAGACACAAAUUUUUGUAUCUCUGUAAAAUAUGUUGAAUUUAAAAAUGUUUUCAUGUGUUUAAGUGUUUAUAUAUUUUUGUCUUUUUACAAAUUUUCCUUCUGUUUGGAAGGUGGAAGUUCAUUAAACAUUUGACUU